GGAGAAACGACGCAUGGAACGGUUCACCGCCUGCCCGCCUUCUCAACACCGGGAAAUUAGGAAAUCCAGUCGAAUCGAAUCACGAUGAAAUAGAGAGUCAGGGAGAUAAGAGUCUGAGCAUCAAUCGGAGAAUAUGAUAGCACGUCCCUCGUCCGCCACAACGGUCUUCCUGGACCAGCCCCCGAGCUGCAUGCAGUUCUGUCCGGCAGCCCCCAACACCUUCGUCAUCGGCACUUAUCUUCUGUCCGAGAACAAAGACGACGAGGGAAACGUAGAGCAGUCCAAGACCGGGAGUCUGCAGCUAUGGAAUCUUGAUCCGGAGGAAAACACCCUAUCUCUCAUCCAUCGGGUGUCGGUGCCCUACGCAGUCUUCGAUCUGCAUUUCCACCCGCGAGAUCCCUCGCUCCUGGCCAUCGCCUCCAGCACCGGCUCUGUCGCGCUCUUCCGCGUGUCCGGGUCAUCCCCGACAGAGAUCACCCAUCUCUGGACUCGUCCGGUGCACGAUGACCCGUCCAUCCCGGCUCUCUUCCUGGCCUGGACGCCGCAGCACUGGUUGAAUCGCCCUGAGACCGACGGGUUCGCUGUCACGUUUUCCGACGGCACCACGACGGUCUUCGGCUGUGAUUCCACUACCACGCUGUCCGAGAAGUCAGACGCGAUCGAAGAUCUCGGCAGCUUUCCGGCGAAGCAGCCCAUCGAGGUAUGGUUUGUCGCUUUGGCCGCGGUGCAGGACGAGUCGAGCUCGUCCACGACGCCGUACAUGUUCACGGGGAAUGAUUUUGGCUCUCUGCAUACCCGUCGCUUUCAGCAGGAUGAGGCCGAUUCUGACUCGUCGGAGCUCUUGUCGCCUUUGCUGUUGGAGCAUGAUGAUCGAGGGCGACACCAUACCGCUGGCGUCACGUCCAUUCUACCUCUGCCGCUUCCGCUGGUAGAUGGUGCACCGUUGCUACUGACCGGGAGUUAUGAUGAGUAUCUGAGGGUAUACCAUGCUACGCGGCCGGGUCAGGUGCUGGCAGAGGAGUGUCUAGGGGGUGGUGUGUGGCGGUUGCAGUUGCUGAAGACGAAGAGUGAAUCAGUAGACGGAGGUAGGCGAUCGACCUUCCUGGUGCUGGCCAGCUGCAUGCACGCUGGGACAAGGAUUGUACGGAUUACAGAAGACACAAAUGAGGGAUCGGAGUCACAAUGGGGCAUUGAGGUGUUGGCGGAGUUUACGGAGCACGAGAGUAUGAACUACGCCUCGGACGUGUGGAAGCCCCAGGGCGGGUAUGACCUGCAAGGGCAAGAGGUAUCGGAACUGCUCUGCGUGUCCAGCAGCUUCUACGACCGAAGGUUGUGCAUAUGGCGCGCGAGCACAUAAUCAACACGAAAAGUAGCAGCUCUGGUUCAUGAAAAUAAUUCGCUUGGUGAAUU